GCGCCAUCUUCGAUGGGCGGGCUGGAGCUGGAGCGCGAGCGCGAGCGCGGGUCGUGUUGUCCGCGACCCAGCCUCAGCGGGACGGCAUCCUCGUCCUCCGCCUCUACUCUAUGGCGUUCUUUUUAAUGCAUACGCGCGCGUUUUAUCCACUGUAAAGCACCGUUAAAGCGGUUUAAUUAUUUUUGUCGUGGGGCGACCCGUUUCUCUGCCUGGAUCGCAUCUCUCUGACUGAAGCCCGGGAUCACAUCUAUCAUCUUGAUUACGGACUGUAUUGACCGCGGCGAUGGCCUGGGCGCUGAAGAUGCCGAUGCCGGACGAGGUUAUUGAAUCCGGCCUGGUGCAAGAUUUCGACGCCAGUUUGUCUGGAAUCGGCCAGGAGUUAGGGGCAGGAGCCUACAGUAUGAGUGAUGUCCUUGCAUUGCCAAUCUUCAAACAGGAAGAGUCCAACUUGCCAGCGGAGGAUGAGAAUGAACUACUCCCGUUUCAAUAUGUCCUAUGUUCAGCGACUUCUCCGGCAGUAAAGCUCCAUGAUGAGACACUUACAUACCUUAACCAAGGGCAAUCUUAUGAAAUUCGAAUGCUUGACAAUCGGAAUAUUGGGGAGUUACCUGAAAUCAAUGGUAAAUAUGUGAAGAGUAUAAUUCGAGUGGUAUUCCAUGACCGCCGUUUACAGUAUACUGAACACCAGCAAUUGGAAGGAUGGAGGUGGAACCGACCAGGAGAUAGGAUCCUGGAUUUGGAUAUUCCAUUGUCAGUAGGCAUUGUUGACCCCAGAGCAAAUCCAACACAACUAAAUACAGUGGAGUUUCUUUGGGAUCCUUCAAAGAGAACUUCUGUAUUUAUCCAGGUGCAUUGCAUUAGUACUGAAUUCACAACUAGGAAACACGGAGGAGAAAAAGGAGUGCCUUUUCGGAUUCAAAUAGAUACGUUCAAGGAGAAUGAGAGCAGUGAAUAUACAGAGCAUCUUCAUUCAGCUAGCUGUCAAAUCAAAGUAUUCAAGCCAAAAGGCGCUGAUAGAAAACAGAAAACAGACAGGGAAAAAAUGGAGAAGCGAACUCCUCAAGAGAAGGAAAAGUAUCAACCUUCUUAUGAUACAACUAUUCUCACAGAGUGUUCUCCCUGGCCAGAUAUUUCCUACGUUAACAACACAGCAUCUCCUGGAUUUACAAGUUCACAUGGCAGUUUUACCAUUGCUGAAGGGAAUGGAUCCCCUCAUCAUCAGCCUGACCCAGUUCCUGCAACCACUGAUACGUUAGGAUCCUUUCGAAAGUGGGCUUGUCGAGAACUGUCAGUGUCCCCCGUCACUGAAAAUCAGAAUCUGUUGGCAACAGCCACACCACAGGAUGCUCAGCAGUGGUUGCACAGAAAUCGAUUUUCUCCAUACUGCAGGCUCUUCGCAAACUUCUCUGGUGGAGAUCUGUUAAAGCUGACUAGGGAUGAUGUAAUCCAGAUCUGUGGUCCUGCAGAUGGUAUCCGGCUCUUUAAUGCUCUGAAAGGAAGGAUGGUUAGACCAAGGCUGACCAUUUACGUUUGUCAGGAAGCACAACAGGCCCGAGAGCAACAACACCAGAAGCAUGAAAAUGGUGAUUCUGUGAACAGUUCUUUCUAUGUGUACCAUGCAAUUUAUUUGGAAGAGUUAACAGCAAUUGAAAUGACAGAGAAGAUUGCUCAACUUUUCAAUAUUUCUCCCCGUCAAAUCCACCAGAUCUAUAAACAGGGCCCCACGGGUAUUCACGUGCUUGUGAGCGAUGAGAUGAUCCAAAACUUCCAGGAUGAAUCGUGUUUUGUUCUCGAUACCUUAAAAGCCGAGGGCAGUGACAGUUACCACAUAAUCCUCAAGUGACUAAUUUGCAAGGAUAACGUCUUCUGUGAAUGACCUUACCCCUACGUUGUGGCUCCUACUCCCAGCAGCAAAAUAUUUCCAAGCCGCAAAGACUCGAGUAUGCUGCUAUCUAUCUUGGCACAGGAGGAACCGUGAUGGGAUUGUGCACAUGUUCAGCAGCCUGACGCAAGUGACCAACUUCUCUUGGAGCAGGUCCUAAAUUGUGGGCAAGAGGAUAGAUGGAGGAAAGAAGAACACCUGACAGAUGAAUGUGCGUGUUGUUCAACUUUGAUAUGAAAUUGUUCCUGAUAAGUGUGUUCGCUGCUGUUCUUGAUUU